AUGCAAGACGCCAUAGGCGAGGUGCGCAACCCGCACGAUGCCAAGGAGCACUUCCUCUAUUAUCUGAGAAAGGAAGUCUUCCAUCUCAACUUCUAUCGCAUGCACAUGCUGUAUUUUGUCGUCGUCAUUGUCAUUACUUCUCUCAUUGUCUACGGAGAAGGCCUUGCCAAUGAUGGAGGCCAGCUCAGAUACAUUGACGCGCUUUUCCUCUGCUGCAGGCUCAACACCGUCAAUCUCAGCUCGUUGACCGCGUUUCAGCAGGCCGUGCUCUGCAUCCUGCUCAUCAUCGGCAGCGUGCCAUUCGUGUCGUCCUUCGUCGUCAUCAUCCGCCGCCACUUCUUCCGCCGCAAGCUGGCAGACGUCGUGCAGCACUCCCGAUCCGGUCGGCAGAUAGUUCGAGACGUGGAAGAGCAAGACGAAAGAGAACAUGCCCAUCACCACGACACCGCUCGCCUGCGGAGACGCCUCAAGCCACGCUACGACGACGACGGAAACAGCGACCAGCAGCCCCUCCGCAGUGCCCCGGAACCAUCCCACCGCAGAGCAGAGAAGCAGAAGCAACCGCCAUCCCAACGCCUCUACCACUACGCCUCCGGCCGAGGUUUCUUCCCGUGGCCGUGGGAGUCCCAUACCGUCCAAAACGCCUUCCACUCGGCCUUUCGGGGCCUACAAAAAGAAUGGCAGCCGCUCGACCACUCCUACAUCUCCUUCGACGCCGACUUCGACGAGCGCGGCCGCUUCCGCAACCUCAGCGAGCACGAGCGCGCCGAGCUGGGCGGCGUCGAGUAUCGCGCGCUAUCCCUCAUCCUCCCGCUCCUCCUGAUCUACCAACUCUUCUGGUACGCCCUGGGCGCCGCCAUCCUCGUCCCCUACGCCUACCGCGACCCCGCCCGCACCAUCAUCCGGACCGCCCAGCCCUCGGGCUCCCCCAGCCCGGGAUGGUGGGCCUUCUUCGCCGUGACAACGAGCUUUUCCAACGGCGGGCUGAACCUGCUCGACGACAACUACGUCCCGUUCGCCGCCAACGCCGUCGUGCUCCUCGUCUCGGCCGCCCUCACCAUCGCCGGCAACACGCAGUUCCCCGUCUUCCUCCGGCUCGCCAUCUGGACCCUCUCCCGCAUCAGCCCCACGACCUCACGCCUCCGACAGACCUGCCUCUUCCUGCUGCACCACCCGCGGCGCUGCUUCAUCUACCUCUUCCCCAGCAAAGAGACAUGGUACCUCUUCGCCAUCCAGAUCCUCAUCGACGCCGCCAUGUGGCUCCUCUACCUCGUCCUCAACCUCGGCCUGCCCGCCUUCGACUCCACCCCGCUCCGCACCCGCCUCCUCGACGGCCUCUUCCAAGCCACCGGCCUCCGCAACAGCGGCGCCUACAUCGCCACCGUCGCCACGCUCGCCCCCGCCCUCCUCGUCGCCUACCUGGUGACGAUGUACAUCUCCUCCUUCCCCAUCGUCCUCACCCUCCGCCAAACCAACACCUACGAAGAGCGCUCCGUCGGCCUCGACUCCACCACCACCUCCUCCCCUUCCUCCUCCUCCACCCUCUCCACCCACCUCCGCCACCAACUCUCCUACGACCUCUGGUUCCAACUCCUCGCCCUCUUCCUCCUCGCCAUCCUCGAGCGUCCCCACUUCCCAUCCCCCACCCACCUCUUCCCCCUCGCCUUCGAAACCGUCUCCGCCUACGGCACCGUCGGCCUCAGUCUCGGCCUCAGCCCGCCAAACACCUCCUCCUCCUCCGAUAGUAGUAGCAGCAGCAGCCUCAGCGCCGCUUUCCGCACCCCCGCCAAGCUCGUCGUGCUGGCCGUCAUGCUGCGCGGCCGCCACCGCGGGCUGCCGCUGGCCGUCGACCGCAGCAUCUUGCUGCCGGGGGAGGCGCUGAUGCGGCGGAUGGACGGCGAGUACGACGAGCGCGGGGGUUGGAGCGAGGGGGAGGAGGAGGAGGUGCGGCGGGAUGAGGAGGGGAGUGAGUGCGGGAGGGAGGGGAGCGGUGGUGCCGGUGCCGGUGGGGGUGAGGCGAGGUGGGAGGGGGAUGAGGAUGAGGAUGAGGAUGAGGAUGGAGGGGAGGGGGAUGGAGAGGACGGGGCUGGAGAGGACGGGGAUGGAGAGGACGAGGACGGGGACGGGGAGGAGGAGGAGAUGCAUUUUGAGAUUACUUGA